AUGGCACUCUUGACCACUGAUACCAUCCGAACUGUCCUUGAAGGGGACUUGAAAGCCGAUUUGGGAGAGUGCUUUGAACCCCAUUUGACAAAAGUCAAAUGCCUUGCGCCAACAACGUCUCCUGGUAGCCCACAAUGCGAGGACGUAAUCAGGAAGGCGCUCAUUCCCCAAAUCCAAGCAAUCUUCGACAUACCCAUCACGUAUUUAGAAGGUGAUAAGGUGAAGAUCUUUGAUGCAAUCGACCGACUGGCUGGUUACCUCGUCCAUCCCAAAAAACAUGGUCAAGCUAGCGUUAAGAAAAUUGAAGAGUUGAAGGACAAAUAUCGCAAGACGAUGGAACGACACUUUGAGGCCAAGAAAAACGAGGGCAGCAUAACUCCUGUUACCGAGUUUUCGCAAGUACUCGAGAAUACCGUCCUUGAAGAAGAAGCUCUUCCCAUCGCGACGUUCACUGAGGAGAUCACUCAGGCCGUUGAGGUCGGAGAGGUCAUCUAUCCUACCUUGCCCAGAACCCACACAUUCACCAUCGAGGACAAGGAAGAAGUUACUGUAGACUCUUCCGACGAGCUUCAGCUUAUUCCGCAAUCAACUGAUACCCCAUCCUAUUCCCUCGCCAAUCUAUCUACACCACUUCCCAGCAAAGACCCCAUACUGCCAAACCCCAUCUCCAACCCCUCCCCAUCCAACAAUCUACUCCUUUCACUUAUCCUCCAAAUUCUGCAACGAUUAUAUGUGGGGUUCUACUCCCAGGUCUACGCCAAAUGGGGCCAGGAACCGGUUGAGAAUACACCCGGGCAGAUUAAGAGCGAGUCCUUUACAGAGUUGAAAAUCUUUUUCGGCUUGAGAGUGGCUACUCGAUCGAUUCCGAUCUGGCUGUGUAUUGUAUUAUUGGGAUGUUAUUAUCAGGCGUGGGGGAUCUUGGGGUAUCUGGCUCUUUAUGUACUUGUUUCUGUUGGUUGGGCUUCGUUGUUGAGGUUGAAUUCUUCCGGAUCGGAUGUUGUUGUUGUUUGA